CGGUCAUUCCUCUUAUGGCUCUUGUCAUCGCCUGUUGCAGAAUUAAGCAUUUACGUCAUUUCACUGUCAUUUGUACCUGAGGCGGACAUUCACAGGACUAAAUAUAACCAGUGUAAAAGGAAGGAUUCAACAGAAACAAAAAAGAAAACAAGACAUACGUUAGUCGCUAUAACAUUGUUUUGUAAACCAACAGCUACAGCUAGCCAUGGAAAUCACCAUGUUGGUCAGCCUCUUCGCUGUAUUAUUGACGAGUUCGGAAGGUACGUAAUAAUCCGUUUCGAGUUUCUUGCCCUUUGAAUCUAACUUGUGAUUGCUAGUGUAGUACCAUUCUUCAAGUAACAAAGUAAAAGAAAAUGGAAUCUCUAUGAAACGGACCAUGCUCGGAGUUGUCUUGCUCGUGAAAACAGAUUGAUCGUAACGUCCUCAUUUCUUGUCAAUGAAGAAGCGUCAUAACAUUUGGAUCAAAUGGAUGUCAUGACCUCCGAGUUUAUCGAUUGGCAUCUUACAUGUAGAACUCUUUUGCUCUCUAUUCACACACACUUGCAGGCUUGUAGCCAGCUUCCUCUAAAAGACAGUUUUUAAGGCGGAUUUUUAUUACGAAGAUAUUUUUCUGGUUUUGCUUCAGUAAAACAUUUCGUUUGUCUACCGUCUUGCACAUCCGGAAAUAUCCUCUGUUCUGCUUGCCCGUACCAAGAUAUUUCAGUAAAAAUCUAUUCGUGACUUCGCGACGGUCGCGUCAGAGUAUUGCGUUCGUUUCGUAAGGGUGGAUUCAUUUGCCACAUAUACAAAUAGCAGUCUCAUUUGCCCUUUAGAAUUUUUCCUUUUUAAUCUCAACUAUAAUUAAUAACAAUAAUAAAAAAUUCCACUGAGCAAUACGCGUAUGCUGCAAAUAAAUCCACCCCAAAUUGGUAGGGGAACGUAAACAAAAUGUCUUUUGACUUAAAGAAGUACAGUCUUAAUGUUUAGAGCCAGUUACACUAAAAUAUAGUGAAUCAGCUCAUGCAUCGUAAUUGAUUACUGAUGUACUCUUAAGGAUAUAUUGUAUACCUUCCCGAGGGGGGUACUUCUGGAAAUUCAUGGUGGGGGUGUGCCGACCGGUUCUCCACAUCCUGACCCUAUUUCAGACCAAAAAAUGUUAUUUUCCACACCCGUUUUCAGACUUAGCAUUUAGGGUGAAAUUAUGUCAUCAUUACCAGAUUAGAGAGAAAACAAAAAAAUUCUUCAAAUGCGUUUCGAAUUCGCACAUUUCUUCUUCGUUCUUAUUCACCUGGAAUAGCAACGAUAAAUACGUUUAUACACUCCCGUAGUUCCCUCGUAAACCAUACCCGAUUCCAGACCAAAAUAGGCAAAGUGUAUACCCAAGGAGGUUUAUAGCUGUUUUCAGACCGAAAAGGCCCAAAACCCUACCCGUUAAGGCGGCAAAUACCUAUAUGGCUUAUAUAAGGGAGUACCCCCCGGGUAUAUACCGUAUAUCCCUCGCGUAUUUUUGUCUUCGUUCAAAAAUAAAUUGCCGCUGAUAACUCUCAUGGGAAAAGCCAGUUGAGGUAAAUGGCAUGAGUAUCUUACUGAAAAGCCAGAUUAAGUAUUCAGUUUACGUUUUGUCUGUCAAUAUAAUCUAAAACUGAUGUACCAUUAAAGCAGAAGCAAAAAUAUUUUUUUAGCUGGCGAUGUGAUUUAAUUUUGCCGGUUUCUUCAACUUGAGGCAAUGGUUCCAGAAAGCAUUUUCGACUCGCUCAAAGGACGUACAUCAGUCUAUUUGCAGGAAGUAGUAAUUCAUCGCUGUAUAGUGCUAAGUGAUGUUUUAGUCGUACCUACAAUGUGUUUUUACCUUUAAUGCUAUCAAACAUCUCAAUCAUGCUAGACCUCUUUUAAAUUAGGCAUUAUCGAACAUGUGACGAACUUAAACGUGCGCCCUGAUGGAGAUGUGUCCAGUGGGCGAAAAAGUCCUACAAUAGAUGGCUAACUGCGGUCGUUAGUGAACCCAAAGUAAUUCACUUGCAAAGAAUGUACUAUCCAUGAUUUAUUCCAACUUGACACAGUGCAAAGCACUGAGCUUAAAGCCACCGCGCCCUCUGCUGGCAGUGGCUGGCAGAUCAUGCAAUUAUUUGCCAAAGCCGAUCGCAGUGGCAAAUAAUUAGUCUACAGAAUACGGGCAAUUCACGGUAUUUUUGCGGAACGAGUUCUUAUUAUUCAAUAGAUAUGCUUGUUUUGCUUUACGGAAAUUAAUUGGGAAAUUUCGGGCCAGCAUUCAAGGCAGCAGCGACCAAACUACGCAUGACAGUAGCAUAAUCUGCAGCAGAACAGGUUUCUUCUCUCUUGCGAAUGAGCAGACAAUUUAUCGGUAGAUGACGUCAUGAUCUCCAGGCCAAUCAAAAGUGAGAAUAUGAAAAGUGAUUGUUUGAGACAUCUGAACUUGGCUUGAAAGCGAGUGAAUUACUGGCCUGUGAACUGCAGGUACUAUGGUGUAGCCAAAGUUUACCUUCUUCUUAGACCUUUUUUCGUGUAUUUCAGGUAAAAUGUCAUUUAAGGAACAAUGCAUUUACUGGCACAACUACUUCCGCACUCUUCAUCAGGUAAAUUUACAUUGUCAAGUUUCAAGCUCCUCUUGAAUUCUAUAGAAUAAUAUAUACAGGAAUAUAAGAAAGGACCGUCUGAAGUAGCCUCCCUGACAGGGCUGUCACUAAGGGCUGGGGGGCGGGGAAUUUCCCCGGCUACUAAGAGCAUGACCCCAGGCUAUGGAAAACAAAAGAAAGAUGAGACCAAAAGAACUCCCUGGUUGUUCACUUCCCUACCUACUAACUGCAUAUACCCGGAAAUUUGAAAUCUUAGUGACAGGCCGGCUCCCACUCAGACAUUCCUAGGGGUUCGUUACGCUUCCCUGUGGGGAAGGGACGCGUGACGAACCCCUAAGAACAUCUGUGUGGGAGGCUUCGUCUGAAGUAGUCCCUAUGAUUUUAAAACUCUUGCUUCGUUAGCCAGGACUAACCACGACGAAUUACUGUUCAAGUGUAAAGAAUUAGGUGCGGUUUGUAGUUGCUGAAAAUGAGUGACGUAACCAUUUUAAGUACAGUCAAACCCCUUUAAUGCGGACACUGAGGCCCAGGGUGCUGUACAAAGUGUCCGUAUCAACGGGGUGUCCGUGUUAAGCGGGUUGAAUUUAGAGAAAAUGUAAGGGCUUUCUUUCACCAGAGACAAAGCAAACUGUCUGUAGUAAUAAGGCGUCAGUAUUAAGCUGGACCCAGUUGUUCGAAGACCGAUUAGCGCUUAACCAGAGGUUAAAUUUAACCGUGAUUUCUUAAUCUCGCGUUUAAGAGCAUUUUCUAGGAUAAUUUUCUCUAUCAUUUUUUUUUUCCUGUUUUUUGCGCGUUCAAAUCUUAAUUCAAAUCUCCCACUAACCCUGGGUUAACUUAACCCAGCUUCCAACAACUCGGCCCAGGUGUUUAAAAAAAGGCGGGUUGACUAUACUCUAAGUUGUCACUGAUGAGAGGUUAGACGGCCGAUAUAUCAAGACUACUGCAUUAUAUGUGGGCAAUUUCAGAAGCUUAUGGGCUCGUUGAAAUGUCUUAAUGCCUUUAACUUCGCGUUAGAGUGUGGAAGACAUAUUUACGUCACUAAUUGGAAACAAAAAAAUGCUUUUUCAUUUGCUUUAAAUCGCUUUAGAAUGUAAUAACAGCACUUAGUUUGAAUACCUAAUAAUGGGUCAGAGCUUUUUAUUUCGCAAUUUUCCAUCAAGUAAGUGACCUUGCUGGCUACAGAAUGAACUCGAAAUUCCUUGCACCGAACAAGACCAGUAUUUGAAGUUAUUUUUUCAUUUUACUACGAUUAUUUGCCGGUAAUUUACUCACUAAAAAUCAUUUUAUUACAAACUUAUAUUUCCAGGUUGAUAAUGUCACGUGGUCAAUGGACCUUCAGAAACAGGCAGAGGACUGGGUCAAAUAUCUGGCUGAAAACGACAAGUUUCAUCAUAGCAAAAAGAAUCCUGGGAACCUAUACAUGUCCCAUCCUAACGUUUACCCCGCAGAGUAUUGCAGUGAUGCUGUACAGUGGUUCCAUUGGGAGGAAAAGUAUUAUAAUUACAGUAGACCCGGUUACAGUGAAGCAGCGGGACAUUUCACAACGGUAUGUCACGAGCAUUACAAAUUUCGCAAAGACAACAGCUUAUAAAGAUUAUUGUAAUCCCAGAAGGGGGCGGGGGGGAUGGUGGCACUCCGGAUUUCAAGUGGUGGGUAUGGUCAAAUGGGGGCAAAAAUAAAAACUCACAAAAAUCCCUAGGGCUUCCAACACAACCCCCCCAAAAUGCCUGGACCAAUAAUUAACCCCCCAAAAAUUGCAUGUCUAAUUUCUGAGCCUUAAAAAAUUUCUGGAAUACGCGGGCACCACCGCGAAUCUUCAGAUUGUUUGAAUACCCAAAAAUAUUGCUACCUAAAUCAAAUCAUCCAAAAAAUACUAGCAAACUUUUCCUACCCCUAAAAACCUAAAAUUGAAAAUUUCAAACCCAAAAAAUCUGUCGGUCAUCCCCGUCACUUAUACUCCGGAGUACACCUCCCCCCCCCCUCAAUUGGGAUUGCAAUCAAACAAAGUUCAUACUGUCCGCAUGAGCGUAUAGUCUUGAAUAGGACUGUUGCUGACAGUGAAUGACAUUUCGACAACCUGUGUGGUAGUCAUCUUCAGAGCCAAAGUGAGUUGUAUCACGUCACUACCACCGCGCAUGUUGUCGAAACACCAGUCACGGUUUUCUCUCUAGAUAAAGGAGAACUAUCGUGUGUUACAUAGGCGGAAUUUGGAAGCGAUUGGAGUAGUUGUAGCGAGUUUACGGCCGUUUUCCUUCGGUGGAUCAGUCGGGCCGCUUCGCUGAAGUACCUAACUUGGUAAAUCCCUAUAUAGAGAGAAAACCGUUUACACAAAACUGCCACAAAUCGGCCCGUGGACCACACAAGAGAGACGUAACACACAUUUUAAGUAAGGUAAGCUGUUUUUUAUUGAAAUCCUUUCAUUUUCAUAGGUUACAGAAAAGAUAGGUUUUUUACCAUACAAAUCGUUAUAUUUCGAAUGUUUCGCAACAAUGCCGAUGUUCGCCGAUGCUCAUAUUUUGAGCUUGGGCUACCUGUGGUCCUAUUCAGGACUACGCACACCCGGAAAAUCAUGCUUCACCUACUUAUGACAUGACGUCUGGGUUUAAUCCUUUCACAAUCAAGCAAAGUUUCAGUGCCUUUUUCUCCUUCAUCUUUUUAGGUAGUCUGGAGAAACUCACGUCAAAUAGGAGCUGCUUGGGCAAUACGAAAAGACAAGAGACUUGUUAUUUCAAUUAAAUACCACCCUGGGGGCAACUACAUUGGCUACUUUGCAAGUAAUGUCUUCCGACCCAUCGCGACCAGACUCGGUCCAGAGUGGCCGCAUCAGCCACCCGGGUUCGCAAGGUGCCCUGCAAAGUUCGUUAUACCGACAACAACAGCAGGACCAAUCACUUUACCAAGUAUGUGUAAUGCGUUACAAGUGAACAAUGUGCUAUCAAACACUCCUCGUUAUCAUCAGCAAAUUUUCAUGCUCAUCAUUUGUUGUAUUGACCAUCCAUCCAUCUUCUUCUGAGCCGGUGGCGUCAGAUUAGACUAGACUCAGAACGUCGGAUGUUUUGCUUUUGUCCAAAAAUGCACAUAACUCGUACCUUAGGUACUUUAUAUUAUCUGCAAUGAUAACUUCAUGUUUGACAGAAUUCCUUGCGUUGAGGCUAGGAUUAGGGCUACUGAACACUUCUUUGCGUCAGUCAUAAAGAUUAAGUAUCUCAUUAAAGCCCAUUACUGGACAUAACAGGAUGGACUGAUCAAUUGAUUUAACUUAUUCGAAAACCUUUUUGUCCACCCGUAACCAACUCAGUGGCGGAUCCAGACAUUAAGAUGAAGAUGGGGGGGGAAGGGCGGUCAUCCAGACCCUGAGAUAAAGGUGAUGCCCGGUCUCUAAAAGAAAAAAUUUUCGGCCCUUCGGGCCUCAGUUUGGUCUAAAAAUAAGGGAGUUGGGCGGGUCCCCCGGGUUUCUCCCCUAGAUCCGCCACUGAGACUCUACUCUUUAAUCCAGGGGAUCAUAAGGGACUUGUUUCAUUUUUCAUCUGAUGCGUUAUUUUGCUUAAUUUCACAGCUCCAAGCACAAUACCGUUUAAAGACCAAUGCCUUUUCUGGCACAAUUAUUUCCGUACCCUUCACCAGGUAAAUUAUUAUGGACUGCUAGGCUGGGAAAGGGAAAGGAAAGGGGAAUGGGGAAAUUGGGCUUGAGUCUAAAUCCCCAGCUCCCCCUCUCUGAAGCGCGCCUGUAAUGAGGGCGAGAUAGAGGCAGUAACUUAUUCCAUCCUUAUUUUGUAACAAGAGGGCGCUGGUCAAUUUCCCCAAAUUUCCCCGCUUCCCUGAAAAAUGCCUGUCUAGCCUGCGAGCAAGCUCUCCAUUUGUGGCGUUCGCGAGAGUCAUCAUCUUGCGUCUAACAGUUCGAAUGAUUUAGUUCACUCUCAUCACUUCAUAUUGGAUCAACAUUUGACAAUCUCUAUGGCUAAAUCGUCAUCUCCGGUCGUUCUGGGACGCUCCAGGCCAGCCGUCUUUCAAAACCGAAAAGAGACCCAGGAUUUCAAUACAUGCACUUUUGAAGAUGCCAGCUUUAUCGUGAAAUGGCCACUGCAGAAGUCCCUCCCAUGCCUCGACCAUUGCCACAACGCUCCAGUCAGGAGCACCGGGCGACUCUGUUCGAAGGAGCAAAUAUUGCCUAGAAAUUUCUAAAGCUUGAGAAAAGCUAAAAAUUUCUGGAUAACCGUUCCAAACGUCUAAAAUAUUCGGAGGUUUUCUAAUGGCUUAACUACGAUUUUCGGAGGUUGUGUUAUUCACAUUUUAAUACCAAGAUAUUACGAUUAUAGUUAAAAAAGGUCUCCUAAAAAUUUCGGUCCAAUUUCAUCCCCAAUAAUUUUCUAAUGAAAGCAAGGCUACUUCAUGUCCUCAAACUUUCGACUGGACCCAUAACGGUAGCUAACACUUUCGGAUGAGACGAAAAAGGCACCUAAGACUUUCGUGACAACCAAAGUUCCCCUAAGACAUCCGAACAGAUAAAUCGUAUUAGGGCAACUCCAAAUUAACCAAACAGGCUUCUAAAGAACAGAGAAAAACUUGGCAUUCGGUGGUUGUGUGCCCCUGAUCUAGUGCCGUUUUCUCGCGGCUCGUUUCGCCGUCGCCAUAAUGGACCAUAAUUGAAGAGCUUGCUCGCAGGCCAAUGCCUGUCAGGAGGGCGAGACAGAAGUGCUAACUUACUCCAUCCUUGUCUAUGAGCAAUAUGACAUUUGUAAAUACCGGGAUGGAGGUUCCCUUCACGCAGAUUAGAUAAAUGUAAAUAUGUUAAAGAAGCGCCAACUUAUUAUUAGCAAUGGGAAAUUUGCAUAGAUACUGUCUAUAAAGAUUUGAGCGUUUCUUCCCAAUCACGCCAAUAAGACAAAUUUAAGUACAAAUGAUCAUAACCGAUUUACCGGUUCAAGAACUAUGAGUGCCUUUUUAUGCAUAAUCACAUAUAUAAUGAUUGAUUAUUUCAUAAAGAUGAAGGCGAGAUGCGGUUAUUAAAACUGUUUUUUUCAUCUGCCACAAGGUUCCCUAUGUUAGGUGGUCAAAUAUGCUACAAAAGGAGGCUGAGGACUGGUUGAAAAAUGUGAAAAAUAGCGCGAUUGAACAAAUAAGCGAUUAUCCUGGAAACCUAUAUUUGGCACCGCUUGACACAUACCCGGAGGAGUACUGCAGUACCGCCACAUGGUGGUUCCAUUACGAGGAACAGUAUUAUAAUUACAGUAAUCCAGGCUUCGUUAAGAAAGCAGAAAAAUUUACUCAGGUGGGUCCGGUAUAUUUUAUAGAUGCUUGAAGGUUGGGUGUGGAGGAGAGUACAUUCUUCCAGUCUAAUUCGUUUUCUUUCAGCUGAGUGAAUGACGAAUUCUUGAAAGGUGUUUCUAAUUUUCUAGUCGGUGGACCACAUCCUAUGGUUCUGAUGUGGUGUAACCAUUCAAAUAAAACAAUAAAACCUCUUUGGUGUUACUUUUCAAAUGCCGCUUUUAGUCUUUCAGCAAUUUACAACAUUCAGUUUAGAAAAUGGCGUGAAUUUUGAGUUUGGCCACUUUUGAAGGUGAAAGGGUUAAUACUAUUCCCAGGGGCACAGACCAGUCCCAGUCACUCAAAUUAAAAACCGUUUUUCCAGUCCCUUCAGAACUCUUAUUUAUGCACAGUCAUUUAUCUUAAAUGAGCAUCUGCCUAUGAAAUUUAUACAGUGCAUAAAUUGGGUGACUGGUUUGUUGACGGCAUUGACCUGGGUUUUGCCUGCGAGCAGGUUUUAUAAAAGCAGUGCUUUGUGUGGGCGGUGAAGCACUGCUUCUGACAAUCCCGUAUUUUUUAUUUUGUCUUAGCUUAUUUGGAAAAACUCAACACAAAUUGGAGCUGCUUCGACCCUGCUUAAAGACAAGAGACUUGCUAUUCUUAUCAAAUACAACCCCGAGGGUAACAUUGCUGGUUACUUUGGUAAGAACGUUUUCCGACCUACUGCGAGAAAAUUGAAUCCGGAAUGGGGGCGUGUUCCCCCCGAGUUUACAUGGUGUCCAGCGGAUGCCGUUCCCAAAGUGCCUAACGUGAGAGCGGCCGCGAAAAAAGCAGUGUCCCUUGUUAAGCUAUUUCUUGGAGCUUUUAUCUUAGUAUCGUCAAUCUUAUAACCUUUAUAUAUAACAAAUUCAUUGCUUAUCCCAUCUAAAGGUUCUGUAGUAAAAGGGCAGCUACGUCGAGAGACUUCCAGCUAUAUCUUGUGAAGACGCUAAAAAUCAUAGCCAAAUAGUAGUAUUUUCUUUUAAAUAUAGAAAUUUUCAUUGAUUAGUAUAGCUGGUCAACAGUCAAUUCCAUAUCCAGAAACAAAGGAAAAUAAUAUAUUUUUUGAAAAACCGACUGACAAAAACUAUCCAUUUCAAAAGUGAUUAGGGCUAGGGUGUGGUCACUGUUGUUUAAAUAGUUUUUGUCAUAAUCGGCUGUAACGGUCACUUUUAAAUUUAUUUGGUCUAGUAUACGUUAGUUGAUAUAGAAAUGCGAAAGUCCCCAAUGUUAUCACUGCUGUUUGUGUUUUGUUUUUGAUUAACAACCAUGUCCAAGGAGCAAAAUUCUUAUUUGCUUUUGUCUACGCCAUGUUUUACUUCGCUUGGAAAACGGAAGGGGAGGAGAAGCUCUGGGUACGAGGUUGGAGCUCUUAAGAAAAAGAUAUUAAAAAGUGUACCCCGGGUACUUAAUCUCGUCCCCAAUACUUUUCCUAAAGAAAAACGGAAAAGCUCUGGGGACGAGGUUGUCAAGUACCCUUUUCUUGAUCACUAUUAUUAUUUUCGUGAUAUGUUUACUCUUGCAAGCUAGAUACAUUUGCAUGAUACAAGAAAUUCCAGCGCUUUUUUAUAUACCUCGUUGUCGAACUAAUUUUCGGAAAUUCUCAAUUCGGUUUCAAGGUCCUAAGUCUUUUAACUCGCUAAGUCGUGAAAUUCAAAACAGUGAAAGUAUAAGUUUGUUUGGCGAAAGAAUUCAAAGAUCCCUUCUUUCUUAGUCAAAUAUACUCGUUGUUGAGCUACACACCUCUUCUUUUUCUUUAUUUUUAAAACUUAAUCCAUUUUUCAUUCAGUACACUUAACUCCCAUGGUUUACCUUAUAGUUCCAGGUAGCCUAUAGUGUAUAAGUCCCCGGCUUCUAUUUAGGCUUCCUUGUCAUUACCACUUAAAACAUUUAAGAGGGUACUAAUGGGGGUACCCAAUUCUCAGUUAACUACUAAUCAGUUAACUACUAUUUUUUGGCCAAUUCUCAGUUAACUGUUAAUUUUGGUUAGCUUUGGUUAGCUAUUAACUUUCACUUUCCUACACUGAGCAAAUAUCAUUCCGUUAUAACCCCAGUUUUUUUUACUUCAGCACGUCAAUCACUUUUGGGGGUAGGCCCUACUAAAAUCAAGGUAUAAAUUUCCGUGAAUUCACAUAAACUCCGCCACUAGUACAAUUUAUAAGUAACUGAAAAUAUAGAAGAGGUUUUAAUUAUCUAACCGAAGUACAGUUGAACCCCGCUAUUUCGAAGUCCCAAGGGACUAUAGUUGACGAUAUUGACGUGGAUAACAGAGAAAGAGCUAGAGAUCAAAAACAAAGGAGACCAAUUUCUUUGGAAGAAUAACUUGAAAAUUUUAUAUCGGCGGUGAGAAAAUUAGAAAUGCUAGCGGCCUCCAAGAUGAAAAUUAGUGGCAGCGAAAAAAAAAAAGUGAACAGGAAUACAUACAAAAUUUCCUCCAUAAAACGUGUAACUAGGAAGUUUCUGGAAGUUUCACGUUGUAGUCGUGCACAACAACGGCAGAGAAAUGUACAAUAAAAGUGUGCUGCACGUGCAAAGUUGUGUUUUUGCUAAUUAUUAGACCCAUGUACUGAUUUUUUCGGCUGUUUUUGUUGCCGUCGCUACUUAGCAUUACACGAUUUUAUGUUUUGUUCCAUUCAACUAUAGAUAUUAACGAAAGCUUUGCUUUUAUCCCGGGCUAUUUCUAUAUUACUUUCCAUUCAAAGAGAAAGUAUUCAAUGUAAUUAAAAAGGAACUAACUCUGCGAGACGAACAAGAGUGUGUGUAGGUGGUUGAAGGACAACUCUCUUAUUAAGGAAAUGAUCUGGCCAUGGUGAAAACAUUCUUAUGCUCCCCAGCAACAGAUUCGGUGAUACGAAGCAUGUGUUUUGUAUCUUUCACGUAUAGCUGCGUAGAUUUUGGACUAGCCGGUUUGGUGAUUGUGUUGGCAAUUAGUUCUGCUGGGCAAUUACAUGCGGAGACAAUAUAGGCCUACCAGGAUUACAAGGCUAGUGGAUUUUCCGCAGCCAAUAGAAUCUUGACGUGCGAGGAUUAUACACAGUGAGAUUCAUGGCUGAUUCCGUUAGUUCACUUUUCAACAUGGCCGCCUUACCCUGCUAACCAUGUUGUUAUGUUUAUGGUGUAGUUACGGUCUUCUUGUUAGUAGAAGUUGUUAUCCGAGAAUUGUCUUUCUGGCUCUUCUAUACAAAGAUGUCGAGCACAAACCACCACGGCUUCUCCCUCAUCCGCUGGAUUUAUGAUGAUGUCAUUGCGUUGCUGUAAAGAUAAUAGAGCGGCUCUUUGUUGUGGAGUGAGGUUGGCUCUCUUGAGGCGUUGCUUUAAGUCCAGCUUGCUAAACUCUCUUUUCGACAUGUACACUUGUAGAUAUAAUAGUCUAAGGUGUAGAUCGAGUGUCCGGUAGGUUGAGUCCAACUGGAUGUCUUAGGCUUUAAAGAUUCGAAGAUUUUAGACUUUGAUGACGACAAAGUUAAACACUCUUGGUUUUAACACAGGCAACCCAAGCUCAUGAGAGUUAGGUGUGAUACGAUGUUGCGUACCGUAUUUCCUCAGAUAAUAGCCGUCCCUCGAUUAAUUAGUACAACUUUGCUGAAAAGUACCUUUCAUGACCAUAAUAUUCGUAAUUAUUGUUUGUAAGUACGAUUUUCUUGAGUGUGUUUAUUCAGUGAUUCAUUACUUAAUUUUUGUUUCAUUUCUUAUGCUUAAUUUUUGGUUGAGAGCCACGCGUAUAUUAUCUGUGGAUAUCAAGUGAAACCCUCAUUAAAAAAGUAUCUAUCUAUCUAUCUAUCUAUCUAUCUAUCUAUCUAUCUAUCUAUCUAUCUAUCUAUCUAUCUAUCUAUCUAUCUAAUCGCCUCCCUCGAAUAAUCGCCCCCCUUCGCCUCGCCCCUCUUGCCAUCUUCUCUUUCUUAUUUCCCCUCCUUGUCAAGUUGAAGUGCAAUGUGUUCCAGCAAAACUGAUCAGUGACGAUUCAAGCUCUGAAAAUUAAUCAAGGAACUAAAUUUGUAACACUCAAAAAGCCUAUGUUCAGUUUAUUUGAUGUGAUUAUUUUUUUAUUUAAUGGAAAAAUAAUGAAUAAAAUAUCCUAAUAUUUCAGGCACGACGUCUAGUGAGUAAUAUUCGAAAUAAUCGACUCCCUCGAAUAACUGCCCCCUUUUUGUGCGAAAAAAGAAAUAAUCGACUCCGGCUAUUAUUCGAGGAAAUACGGUUAUCAACAUAGGGAUUUGGAUGGGAAUCAAGGAAAACUCUUGCUUUAUAAGCAUUGCUCGUUCUUGCCUCAUUUGUGAUUAUUUUCUUGAACACAUGCAAUUUAGAAACACGGAAGCGCAAGAAAUUGCCGAGAUCGCAUCGGAUCAAUUAAAUUAAACAACUCUCCGAUACUGAGUUUGGCUGUCUGUCUGUUUUCAAAGUCGUUCAAACCAGUUUUGGCUUCUAUAACAGCUAUUUUGUUGGACUGAGUUUAAUUUGAAGGUUGAAGCCAUGUCGUGUUACUGUCAAGCUACAUUAAAGUUUCGUAAGACGGAAGCGUUGCGUUUGAAACGGGCCUUUAAAGUUUCAAAGGACCCAGGUCACGCCGCGUGGCGACUGUAUCUUGAAUGUGAUACAAACAAAAAUAUGAUAUUGAUCAGUGCAUAUUUAGGAAGUGAUAAUCCUUCAAUAUCUUGACACGCACUUGCCCUCAUCUUUGUCGGCAGAGAGGAUGACGUUUACAGGCGUUGGUUCGCAUUUGACGCACCUGCAACAAUAACGAAAUUGGAAAGGAAGUUUACAAGUGCCGCGUAAUGCAUCGGUUUUGAUAUUGGUAUAAAUGGAUAUGAGAAAUUGCGCAGGCGUUGGAUAAAAAUUUAAUAUCAUUGAAAGCAUAUUUAAGGGUUUGACAGACAUGGUCACCUGUUUAUCAAAAGUAAGUGAAUCGCAUCGCUCCUGAAACUGUAGGGAAUCGGAUAAAGCGUCUAUGUUCAGUUUCUCGCCUAGGAGAACCGCUACAGAACACAGCUAUGAAUGGUAUCGCGAGUAUCUCGAUUGUGUUUAUCGCUUUUUUGACAACUUGUAAAGGUAUGAUAAUCAUACUUGUAUAUUUGUUAAGAGCGGAUGUCUGUAAAUACCGACCAGAGUUGGGAAAAAUGAAAUUUUUGACAAAUCCCAAAAAAAUUAUGUAGACUACCCUAGGUAUUCUAGUUAUGAAAAUAUAAAUUUUAGUUUCAUUGGAUAAAUAUUUUGGCGAUAAGGCGAAUGCCAAUUUCGGGCGAUUGACGGCCUUCUCCAGACCGCUUUUUCGAGCCUCUAGACCGGGCUAAAAAAAGACCACGAUUUCAAUCGAAUUCAAGUAUCAUGCAACCCAAAAAGCUUCUUGUCGUAUUAAACAGGUUUUAAUGCACAUUUUGAGUGGUCAAGUUCUUGAAUGGAUUGCAAAUGGAAUAUUUUAUGAAUUUUUAAAUAUUUACAACAUUUUAAAGAUUUUACGCGGGCAAAAUAUUGUAAAUUUCAAAGGCCUAAAAUCACAUUCGAUACAUGAUUUUAAACAGAAAAAGACGUUCCACAUUAAAAAGCAAUCUCUAAGCUUUCAAAAUAUGCUUUCAAAACUCUGGGCAACAUAUGAAAUGAAUUUUUGGGAACGCAAAGUUCACGGAGCAUUUAAGUGUAAUUUGACCUUUCUGACUUGACAGAUAAGAGGUUCGGAGCGACACAAAUCAAUCCUCCAACAAAUGUUUCAGCCAAAAUACGUUUAAUUUAAGCAAUCUCAAGUCCCAAAGUGAUACAUAGAUGUUUUAUAUAUAUUAGGUGGAAAGUUUCAUUCCAUUUUUUUCAGCCGUGAAUGAAGAACUCUUAUCCUGGCCUUCAGGUGCAUUACUGAGCUAUUUUGAAAAAAUAGCUCAUAUGUCAGUGGUGUGAGCGUAUGUAUCUUUGUGGCUUUGUAUCUUUGUAUGUUGGGAUGUUUGUUGUAAGAGCCAAUAAGGCUGAAGGUACUAUGAGUUGACGCUUAGGAACCAAUGAGAUCUUGGCAUCUAUUUAAACAUGGCAUUGGUAAAGGUCGAACAAGGGCACUUUGAGACCGCCAUCUUGAUCCUUCACAAUUUUUUCGUCUUUUAUUACGGGUACAGGUGUUUGGAAGCAUUACAUAAAAUAUCUUCAUGAUUCAAACGCUGUGAACAGUGAUGCAGCUGUUUAAGGGUUCAUAUUUAAGUGUGGAUGCUGCUUCGAGGCAUUUCUGACCUAAUUCGGCUAUCGGUACAACGCACGUCAGUAUGAGUUCUGUUUCACCUGGGUAGAGCAAGAUCAUAUAUUUUCAAAUCUCUUCCAACGAAGCAAUAAUUGAUAUUUAGAUAUAGACUUUAAUUCGAAAGUAUGCGCCCUAUAAAAUGUGGUUUUAGAAGUUUAAAAGGCAGCUUAUAUUUUUGAAAGCUGUAUCGAGUAUUGUUAAUCCUGUAAACAAGCUUUAAAAAUAUUAUUCUCUCGCUUACAAAGUUCAACCGACCUUUUUCGUUCUAUUUAGUAAAGAUGCGUAACUUCAGUAGAAACAGUAGCGUUAGGGAAUAAAAUUGGAAGAAGCUAGUUGACACAAUAAUUAGAUACUGUUAUAUUGAGUGGAGCAACAUGAUAUAAGUAGAAAUAUAUUUCAGCAGUUUGAUAGUUUUCUUGGAAGUUAAUAAAUGUUAGGCUAUCAACCUUGACGUUGCAUGAAACAUGAUUUAAUUGCAGAUGUUGUAAUAAAGCCGAGGUGAUUUCUUAAAAUCGUUUGAGAAAAUUUUGUAGUAAAACAAUUUGCCUCUUUUUUACGUACGAAUUGUGAAAGGGCCAAAGACCAACAUCUUCACCUGCACAUUGUGUGCAUGAGUUAUUUUUAUAAUUCUGUUUACUAGAUUACUGUGUGAUAACUCGAAUUCCCUCACGUACGAACCACGAAAGGGGGCAAAGUCCAACACUUUCACGUGCCAGCUGUGUGACUGUACUUGUCAUGCUUUUCACAAUAAUAAUUUUAACUUGGACGUAUGAAGACCUGUUUCGUCUAGUAACCAAUGCCUUAAAAAAGGCUCUUGUCUUUUAAGAAGCAGUGGCUUUUAAAACAUGACGAAAUAAGUUGUCGGAGUUAAAGACUGUUUUACAAAUGUUAAUAAAUGUUAGGUUAUCAACCUUGACGUUGCAUGAAACAUAAUUUAAUUGCAGAUGUUAUAAUGAAGCCGAGGUGAUUUCUUAAAAUCGUUUGAGAAAAUUUUAUAGUAAACAAUUUGCCUUUUUUUACGUACGAAUUGUAAAAGGGCCAAAGACCAACAUCUUCACGUGCAAAUUGUGUGCGUGAGUUAUUUUUAUAAAUCUGUUUACUAGUUUACCAUAGCAUAGGCGUACGGGCCAGCAGCCCCCCCAAAGUUUGGGCAACUCAGAUUUUUUGGGCAGCAAGAGAAAAUUUGGGCAAAGCCAGUUUUUACAGACGUUUCCAUGUUUUUUAUUAUUAUUGUUUUGAAGAGAUAAAUAUUUUCUAUUUUAACCAGAAGUCGGCAUAAUAAUUCAGUUACGUUCACACGAGACAGUGGUUGCCUAUCACUUGAUGAGUUUCUGGUUAUAAGGGAAGGUAUCAUAUUCUGAUUUUGUUGUUGUUGUUGUUGGGCACUGUACUUCACUGUACUAGCUGGAGUGGGCUAUUUCCAGUCGUGAAUUGAUUAGAAUAAACUUCCGCAUAACUUUCUAGAAUCACCUCCGCUCCUAGAACAGUGUGUGGCAGAACACGCAUCAGCAAUGGGUCUGAAAGUGAAGUGGCUGACUAAUUCUCAGUUUGAAUUACGAGAAGAAUCAUAAUUUUUUUAAAAAAAUCUAUCGAGCGGUUUAAAAAUUAUUCACUUAUUUGUUUAAGUAGACCGAAAUGUUUACAAAACCCCUAACAAGAUCGAGCGCUAAUCAAAUCCUUCCUUAUAGCAAUUGGCAGGAGCUAUCUCCAUGAUCUUUCAUACACAAUUUUAAAAAGAUUGAAACUACUAUGAGGUGAAAUUGCAUGUCAAAAGCGCUUCGUUUUCUUCAGAUUACGACUAAACAUCAAGAUUUUCCUUUUUUACCUUAUUUCUAACAAUAAAAACUUCAUCCCAAAAUAUCUCGAUAACGCUCUUACAGUUCCGUUUUAAUUUCACGAACAUCGAGGCGACUAUUGGAGGAAAGAGCUCCCCUGAACGAUUUUUUAAGAACAGUUCCCAGUGAGAAAUAUUGCUGUAAGUAUAAUAGGUAAUGGCGUCAUUUCGUUGCUAUGACAGCUCCGAUGUCAUUGCAACCCUGAUCAUGACAAAUUUCCCUCUUUAUCUAAUACAACUGUGGUGGCAAUUUUUUCCAAAUGCUGGUUUGUGGAGACGUAGUUUAUGCUCAAACUUGGCAGGUAUUGACUCUGAAAAACUGUAUCGAGCCACUUUCAUAUGCCAGUACGGCCUAUGUUGUUGCAUGGCCCUAGUUUUCUUUCGACCGUUUUGUAAAAAUUUGGGUAACUUGCAAGAAUUUUUUGGGCAAAUGGAUUACCCCCCCGGCAAAAAAUUGCCCGUACGCCUAUGUAGUUUACUGAAUGAUAACUCGAAUUCCCUCACGUACGAACCACGAAAGGGGGCAAAGUCCAACACUUUCACGUGCCAGCUGUGUGACUGUACAUCUCAUGCAGAUUGGCUUUUCACAAUGAUAUAUAGUAACUUGGACGUAUGAAGACCUGUUUCGUUUUGUAACCAAUGCCUUAAAAAAGGCUCUUGUCUUUUGAGAAGCAAUAGCUUUUAAAACACGAAGAAAUAAGUUGUCGGAGUUAAAGACUGUUUCACUGAGUAGAAUCGCACGUGAAAACCACGUGAAUUAUUAUGAUGCAACCAUCUACCACAAUGAUAAAAAUCCUGGUAUUUCGUAACUAUUCAGUAUUCGAUGAGUCACAUUUUGGCUUAAGAAACUCCGAGGAAACCUUAGAGUUUUCCUUCUAAUCAACGUUUGGUGAGUAGAAAUUUAUUUCACUUUAAUGAUUUGUUUAACUUGCAUCAUGUAACAGGGAAAGACAGAGGAAAGCGAAUAUAUAGCUUGAGGAUCGACUCAGCUGAGCGUUUCGCGUUUUCAUUCAUGUACCGCAAUACGCAAUUUCGCAUGAAAACCCAAUCUACAUUUAGGAUGAAAGAGGUAGAUUCAUCACUCCUGGUAAUGUUUCACCGAAGCAUUAAAGUUACACUGAAGCAUUCAAAAUAGCUCAUGCACGUUUAACGUGCCUAUGUUUUGAACUCGCGUCGCCAAUGUAAACAUUUGGGUCAAUUGAAGUUCUUAGCACGAAACAGCAAAGUUUUAAAAAUCUACACCAAUUAUCUAUCCUUCCUAGUAUAUAAUCAGGUCUACAAUUUGUUUGUUUGUACCUAAUGUGUCCUUGUUUGAAUUUAUUUCUGCAAUGAAACUGAGACAAACCACAGCGAAAUUCCCGCUCGCUCGACAUGUCACGUGCCACGUGAAAGAGCCGUUUUAGACUCGAUUGCGUUGCGUAAACAUGACACAGUGAUUAUUUCUGAUUGUGUGAAAAAAAAUUCUAUCUCUAACCUACAUGUUAUAGGUAUGUCAUUGAAUGAGCAGACAAUCUCUUUUUUUUUUCUUACCAUGCAGUUUUACCGAUAGCAGGCUUGUGAUCCCUAAGCGUGUCUAUUAAACCGCGAUUCUUUCUUGUUUUUUGUUGACAGAUCUGUCAGCGUAGGAAAUUACCUAAUACGUUUCGCAGUUAUUCUGCAACACGCUAUUAUGGCCUAUCAUGUACAAAGAGUUUAUAAUUACAAGUAAAAAAGCACGAGUUAGAAAAUCGUGCUACCCUUGUAUCUUGCGCUUGCGACACCAAUUCUUUAAUAGUGCACUCUCCAUGGUCUAAGCUACCCUAAAAUUCCGAAAAUAAGCCCCGGGGCUUAUAUUUUUCAAAGGCCCUUUUUUGGAGGGCCUUAUCUACGGACGGAUAUUUGCGUUACAAAAUCGAUUGGGCUAGCCUUAUAGUUGGAAGUAAAUGUACCGUUUUUGCUUUGUUUUACUUUGUAUUUGAGGGAAAUUUUCCAAGUACAAGCCCCCGCGGGGCUUAUAUUUGGAGGGGCGAUUUAACGGAGGGUUUUUUGCGUUACCGAUUUGAAGGGCUUAUAUUUGGAGGGGCUUAUACAUGGUGGGUCUUAUUUUCGGAAUUUUACGGUAGUACACUUGUACUUACUUUACGACGAUAUUUACAGCGUGCGAAUAUGGAUAACUAGUUUUAGGCUAUUUUGGUACAAGUACCGAAUACACGAGCACAGAGUACAGGUUCGCAUCGGGAGUUCAACACCACCGGCAGGCAAGGUACGUUUUAAAUCUUACUUUAAGCUGUCCACCAAUUUCACUUUUGUGGCCAUAAGGCAGGUAAAAAUUAUGAUAAAAAUACCUAUUACCUCCAACGUUGAUUUAUCUUUAAUGAAUGGGGUUCAAAAGCGUGGGACGGUUGUUUGCAAGCUAGAGCUAUAAAUGUAUUACACUCUAUAAUGCGUUUCUGACAAAUAAUAAUAAUUACUAUUAUUAUUAUUAUUAUUAUUAUUAUUAUGAAAUACAGUAUUAAUAUUAUUAUUCUCGUUAUUAUUGUAAUCCACCUCAAGCAAUCAGCAGGGGUGGCAGAGUUGGUUUAGUGCGCGGCCCUCGGUGCGUGAGGUCCCGAGUUCGAUCCCCCGUGACAUCACAUCCUUGUUUCAACUUCUCUCCAUUCUGUGUAGCUUUGACUAGAUUUAAAUGCCCUUAAACCGGAGCAUUGAUGGAGAGAGAGAGAGGGAGGGGGGAGGGUAAAAUAAGCGCACCGUCGACCUCAAGUUGAUCAGUUAUUACUGUCACGAGUUAUCGACGUUAAAUAUGGUUGCUUUACCCUUUUUUUAGAAAUUAUGAAGCGGGCGCUGUUCGGCUUAGCCUACGUAGCAUUGUAGGCCGCGCAAGAGGAACACGCGAAUGGGAGAGGAGGACUCCUCUUCUUUUAUCUCAUCGUGCGUCUUCGGCACUUCUUCUUUCGCCCUCCGCCCCUGCCCCCAAAAUGAUUGGCUACGAUGAGGGGACCUACUCUGCAACGUUUAUGCGCGUGUCAAAGCAGGGAAUGAACCUGCCGGAGACAGACCAGGAGCGGGGGAGAUAAAGGUUCGUUCGUGUUACACUGGUUCUUCUGUAAAGAGUUCGAAGAUACGCAAGAGCAGGCACCUACGCAAGUUUCAAACCAUGAUAAGUUCGUCGAUACGCAAACUACAUUAUGGACCUCUUUGACAAUACGGCGAACCAACGUGCACCUGGCACAUCACCAAUUUUCGGUCCUAGGAUUUUUUUUCGUUUCGUCGGGAAACCGACAAGUCUGUGCUGAUAAAACUGUAUGGUAAAAAAGAAAAAAACGAGAUUGUCUGCUCAUUUAAUGGCAUACCUAUAACAUGUAGGUUAGAGGUGGAAUUUGUUUUCACACAAUCAGAAAUAAUUUACGUAACGCAAUCGAGUCUAAAACGGCUCUUUCACGUGGCAAAUGACAUGUCGAGCGAGCGGGAAUGUCGCUGUGGUUUGUCUCAGUUUCAUUGCAGAAAUAUGAAGUCAAACAAGGACACAUUAGGUACAAACAAAAAAAUUGUAGACCUGAUUAUAUACUAGGAAGGAUAGAUAAUUGGUGUAGAUUUUGAAAACUUUGCUGUUUCGUGCUAAGAACUACAAUUGACCCAAAUGUUUACAUUGGCGACGCGAGUUCAAGUAAUGCACCUGAAGGCCAGGAUAAGAGUUCUUCAUUCACGGCUGAAAAGGAUCGUAUGAAAGUUUCCACCUAAUGUAUAUAAAACAUCUAUGUAUCACUUUGGGACUUGAGAUUGCUUUAAUUAAACGUAUUUUGGCUGAAACAUUUGUUGGAGGAUUGAUUUGUGUCGCUCCGAACCUCUUAUCUGUCAAGUCAGAAAGGUCAAAUUACACUUAAAUGCUCCGUGAACUUUGCGUUCCCAAAAAUUCAUUUCAUAUGUUGCCCAGAGUUUUGAAAGCAUAUUUUGAAAGCUUAGAGAUUGCUUUUUAAUGUGGAAUGUCUUUUUCUGUUUAAAAACAUGUAUCGGAUGUGAUUUUAGGCCUUUGAAAUUUGACAAUAUUUUGCUCGCGUAAAAUCUUUAAAAUUUUGUAAAUAUUUAAAAAUUCAUAAAAUAUUCCAGUUGCAAUCCAUUCAAGAACUUGAACACUCAAAAUGUGUAUUAAAACCCGUUUAAUACGAUAAGAAGCUUUUUGGGUUGAUGAUACUUGAAUUCGAUUGAAAUCGUCGUCUUUUUUUAGCCCGGUCUAGAGGCUCGAAAAAGCGGUCUGGAGGAGGCCGUCAAUCGCCCGAAAUUGGCAUUCGCCGUAUCGCCAAAAUACUUAUCCAAUGAAACUAAAAUUUAUAUUUUCAUGACAAGAAUACCUAGGGUAGUCUACAUAAGUUUUUGGGGAUUUUUCAAAAAUUUUAUUUUUCCCACUUCUGGUCGAUCGUUUACAGACAUCCGCCCUUAAAUAUUUCCGCUGUAUAUACUGUCAUUUCGGGCAAAUGUGUGUAUGUCAUUAAUUUUUAAGCUAAAAUACAUUAGUCCAAAGCUGCUGUAGCAAAUGCCAGUAUUUUCCUAGUAAGUGCUUGGUCUCUCAGUACUCGAUUAUUUUAGACUUUCGAUAUCUGACGAUAAUAGUGCAAUUUCACUUUUUAUAGAGGUAUUUAAUUAGUCACUAGGUCAUUGGCAUAUCUACAAGAAUCUUCAACCACUGAACGACCUGAAAUAGUUUGGGAAUUAACAUAUUUGCAAAUUUUCAUAAAAAGUCAGACUGUACUGCAUAAACAAUUUUGUGCGUCAAUCUUUAUCCAGUAUAUAUAUGUUGUGGUUCAAUUUUAUCCUUGGUUUAAAUUUUAUUUUCUUUUGUUUUGGGGUAUGGUAAUGUAUGAUAAUGAGUUUGAAACAAAAGAAAAGAAAAUUUAAACCAAUGAUAAAAUUGAACCACAACAUUUAUUUUACUUAUGUGUGUUAUACUACUUCUCUCCACCUGUAUAUUAAUAUUUAUUACUGGUAGAAAAUUUUGGCGAGGAACUCUACGCGAAGACAACCACUCUGUAUAAUAAUAAUAAAUAAAUACUAGUAAAAAAUGUCAGACGAGGAACUGUACGCGAGGUCAAUCACUCUGUAUAAUAAUAAAUAUAUUUAUUAUUUUAAAGAAUGAUUGAUCUCGCGUAGAAUUCCUCGCACGAAUUUUUUUCUAGUAUCUAUGUGUUGUUUUUAUAUAUAAUGUUUUUACUGAGUAAAAAUUAUUUAUACAGCUGUCUCACUUUUUCGUAAAACAUAUUGCUGAGGUACAUUUGAUACUUUCGGUCUUCGAACAGACAAAGCCAAAAUGACGUUGUGAACCGGCAGUGCCCAAUGGCUAAAUAUUUUCAGCCCGCAAAAAACUAACAGCAAACGGUUUCGUUUGCUCAGAAGAACCGCCAGUUUUACCCAUUGCUAUCUUCACCCAUGAAAAGAAGCUUUUAAGCUUUCUGAUAGCGGAGCACCAUGGGUAAGAAAAUUUGUCAAACUAUCCAUCCGAGUAAGCCGAUGUCAAAUGUCACAAUAGAUCUUGCACAACUUGACUAGCUUCUUAGUUGUGUAAGCCAUCCGUAUGAGUACGAUUAGAUUGACAGCUGUCAAAAUUAGACAUCCGCUGACAAUUAUCACAUGACCAUCUCGCGGGCUCAGAUGAAAGACCAGUCGUUUUGCCCCUACAUAUAAGCUGAUAUAAUAUGUCACACUUACCAAUUCAACAUAAAAACGAAACUACGCCGGGCAAGGCUGUCAGUUGGCUGACAGUCGUUUAAAGUUAUAUUGGCAAGCCAAAUUAAGGUCAAUUGACAGCUGUCAAAAUGGGACAUGUGCAGACCACUAUCAGAAAACUAAUAACGUGGGCUCAGGUUCGCUCAGGUAUAGGCCUUUCCCGAUUGCGCUGAGCACCUUUUGAGCACUUUUUUGAGCUUGGAGCACUAUUUUGCAUUUUGAGCAUCCUUAAGCACUUUUUCGCACAUUGGGCAACAUUUGAGCAAUAUUUCACAUUUCGAGCAACAUAUGUCUUCUAAAACAUUUUAAAGCAAAAACUGUGUGUCGCUCGCAACGAGAAUCGUGUUCCAGGUCAUAAAUUUGAAUAACUAAUGCUGUUGUCAAGAAUAAAAGACCGUUGUCAUGGAAAGGCACGUGGACUUAUCCUUACUGAGCGUGAGAACAGAAGUUUCUGAUUGGCUGAUGUAUCAUGAGUGUGUCAUCUCAAAUUUCUAAAUCAUCUGAUGUUUAGGCUUUGCACUAAUACUGCCGAAUUUAUUUACAAUUCGAAACCGGCUUUAGUUUUUUUAAAAAUAUUAUUGUUCUAUAUUCUAUCAACCUUUCGUAAUAACCUGUCGAAUAACACAACGCAAAAUAGAUUGUUAAUUAUUUCAGAAAAAAAUGACAUAUUUACGAAAAGCUUAGAGGUAACUGUUCACAACUUUUAGCACUUUUUGAGCACUAUUUUGAGGUUUUGAGCACUUUUUGAGCAUUUUUAGCCAUUUUUGCCAGCACUUUUUUAGGAUUUUACGAGCGCAAUCGGGAAAGGCCUACACGAUCUGGCAUUUUCCACUAAAUGCCGGACGGAUAUGUCUUACUCACACUCGUAGUCUGUUAAUUCGAAUAUUCGCCAUUCUAAUGAAGGUUAAUUGACAGCUGUCAAAAUAGAAAUAUUUUAUUUGAUCACGGGCUCAAUUCGAAAUCCCAUCGCUUAGAAAAUCUAUCCAUCUUAGAAAAUUCGGCAAUCACGUGACCGUACACCGACCACCCGACCUUCCGUCCGUCCGCACCACAGGCAUACCAAUGUUUAAUCUCACACUUUCUAGCUAGUUUGGGAGCCUGCAACCUGAUAUUGUACAUCCAUUAUUUGAUUAAUUGACAGCUGUCAAAAUAGUGUUUCUGCUGACCAGUAUCGCCUGACCCUAUCGCGGGCUCAGGUAUCGACCCACUGAGUUCGAGUGUUUUUUUAACGUUUCCGCUGACAGGUUGCUACUUUUCAAUUAUCGCAGACUCAGGUUCAAUUUUUUUAAAACGCAUAUAAAAUAAGUCGAGUUCAUGAGCCGCACUUUUAAAAUGUUGAUUUCGAACUGACCUCGGACGCGAAAAUUCAACCGGCUUUUACAUUUACAUGCAGGGAAGGCAAUCACUUUUGACUUUUCUCACUGUCACGCGUUGAUCACGCUCUACGUCCAAUUUUUAUGCUCUGAUUGGUCAAAAUUUGACAGGUGAGUUCAUGCGGAAAAUUUAUGCAGCGUCUGGAAACUUGCUUACUGAUAGCUGGAGCUUACAGAGUUUUGUGUCAUCUUGUGAUGUUUUAAACUGGCUUUUUCUACUUGGUGUACAAAAUGAAAUACUGCUGCUAUCAAGAUUGUUCUGUAAUUUAUGGCUGGUUUGUUUAUUGCGCUUUUUUUUGACAAAUGCACCGCUUGUCAAAGUCAUUGGAAAUCCGAUUUCGGAUGGCAUCGUUUCCCAAACUGAGCUUACUCACUUGCCCUUGCUUGAGGCGUAAGAGGGUUGAAAAUUCUGGAACACUUGAUGACCUUCAGAAGCAGCAUCUCGACUGGUAAGCCUGAGAAAUUGUUGUCCUUGAUGUGUUUUUUUUUCGGUUUCCUGAAGUCGAGCGUAUGGUUUAUGCGGUUUAUACAUGAGCGAUGAUCUAACCUACAAUAGUAUCAGGUUUAAAAAGCCUUUAGACAUUUUUUGACCGCAAAUUCAAAGAAAAUGUUCCGAAGAUUAUUUAGUUAUGAUUUUGGCUGUGAACAGAAAGCUCUGAGCGAUUUUCUUGCCUCGAGUUCAUCUUGAAAAAGAGCAAACACCGGGAAGCCGGCUUAAAACAUAAAUAAGCUUAUGCUUACCUGACUCAUGAUUUUCAGAGACACUUUACUCUCAAUACUUCUCUUCGUGAAUGAAAAUUAUUGUCUCUGUACAUGUUUCACCGAAUUAUAUUUAUUUUAUUGACUUUUUAUAUUUAUUUUAUUGAUUGUUAGUAGUCCCUCUCGCAAUUUUUAUCGCUGCACCGGUUGUAUCCACUCGAACAUAAACAUCUCAUGCAGGAAUACUCAAAACGCCGCGCGUAAAUAUCAGUCACUGUUAAAGAUAACACAUAACAAAACCAUACGCAGUUUAAUAAAUAAAGGGAAAUAAAACCUAAACGUAACAAUUUAUCUAUCACGUUGAAACGUUAAUGGUAACUCUAUUAAUCGCACUCCAAAUUUGGUGCCUGUCAAAAGUGAGACCCCUCCGGCUGGCCGAAAAGUGAUCGUUUUCAUUAAAAGCCCAUAAUUAUUACCGUGCAUAUCACAUAGGACCAGAUUUUUCUAACUGAAAAGUCCUGGCAUUAUAGAAUUCUCUUCAUGAAAACGUUUUAUAAUUCAAUGCUAUAAUUUGUUGUGCAAAGGAAGCGCGUGCUUUGAUCGUCGUGGAUAUUGAAUGAGUGCAAAUUCUCGUGCAAAAUUGUGAAAAACUGCAGAAUUAUAGGUUUAAAAAAUUAUACUACUACAUGAGAAAUUUCUUCAAUUUGAUUGGCUUAGAGCAGUGGUAUUUCACCUUAAUUUGAAAUACCUGCAUGUGAAAAUUACAAACCUUUUGCUUGUAGUAGUAUAAACAAAUAAUAGCAUGAUUUGUACGAGAUAUUUGGCAUAAAACCACUUGCGAUAUUUCAAAGUUGUCUCAAGUUUCACUCGGCUAACGGCUCGUGAAAUUACGUAUUCCAAUUUUGAAACAUCGCUCGUGGAUCCUCGUGGUAUUUAUGCCAAAUAUCACUACAAAUCAUGCUAUUACCUAUACGAACAAAUUCUGUCCGAGGUCUGUAUGAUAAAAAUAAGGGCCUCAGAGUACUGUUUACCUGAGACGUGAUGAGAAAAAGUAUGUUUAAAAGGCUGGUUUACACGCCACCAGAUUCGUCGCCAAGAUUUACUAGUAAACUUAACUUGUCGAACGCAAAAAAUCCGGCCUGAUUUUUUAUUUUGGCGUCUCUUUUAGACAGAGGAAUGCAACGUGUAAAUUGGCUGCCACCAAGGCCUAUCGUGGCGCGUGUGUUUCUUGAAAUUAUAUUUCGGGGUUGUCCAAUUAUCCAUAGUCUCUCAAACGGAGCAAUGUUGGAGAGAGUGGUGAAUGCCACAUUAUGAUGCAACAGCUAAUGCAAAUACAAUACACGAAUAGGUCUAUUUGUUUUCCAGGCCUAAUCUACUGUGAUCGAACAUGAUUGCUAUUUUUGGGUGUACAAAUAAGACUAUUUAAUAACUCGAUGUAAAAGCUGUUUCACUCUUGGACUAUCAAAUUAUUUUUCUCUAAAAUCACUUAGCCUUUGCCUCAAACGUCAAAGGAAUGUGCCCUGAUCUGUGGAUUACAAGUUUAUUGUUUGAUUUAAAUUAUGAAUUUAUUAACGGGAGCUUCGCUUUUAGCCCUGGCUAAAUCUAUAUAUUAUAGAUUAUAUUAAAAGAAAAUAAAUAUAGAGGCUUUCUAGCAAUUUGUGUAAAAGCAUGCAUGCCUUACGAAAAUGGGUACAGGCUGAAGUAGGUUUCAUCUACUUAGAAUUGGAUAACCAAAUAAAAUCGAAGUGCUUAACAUUUUGUUUUCGUCGCAAAUAUUAGGAGGAAACGAAAAAAUGGCCGAAAGUGAAACAUUUUUCAACCUCGUCCCCAGGGCUUUCUGCCAACGAGGUUGAAACAUUUUUCAUAUUUUACCAAGCUGGCAUAGAUUGCUGAGUGCCCACAUAUUUGCCUGUAUUUUUUAGACGGGUGCGUCGCCAAAGACGUAGCUUCCUCUCUACUUUCAAGGUCUGCCGUAUUGCGAAUGCCCUCGCCCACGACAACCUCAUCCGUAGAAUCAAAUUAUUUCUCACUGACGGAAAGAAAAUACGUAGUGUUGUUAAUAGUAAUCCAUUUUCAGAAUUUCCAUUUGCCCCUGGAAUUUUCCAGUGGGACGAACCAAACAAACGUUUACCAUUUAUUUCCCAACCGAAAUUUCCGGGAAUUUGUGGUAAAUGGUAAACAACCGAUAAUAAUAUUGAUGACAAUAAUGUUGCAUUUCAACCUCGUUCCCAAGCUCCUCUCUGGCUACUCUACUCACCGAGGCAGAGACUAGUAGGAAGGACCGUUGGAAAGACGUUGAUUGAAUUUCUGUACACUACUCAUACAUCUCUCCGUAUCCAUAUGUUUCCCUAUGGUUAAACUUGUCAUUUACCCCUUGACUGAACGUUUCAACGGUCGUUCCACCGUACGCUAAUUCGUUUUCGUUCGGUAUCGCGUACAUUUUUAUAAGCAUUAAACGGCGUCGCUUGCGCCCAAGGGGAGGAGGGUUUUGAAGGGCUUCAAAAGCGUUCUCGAUUGUAGGAUUUCAAUUCUGUCAAUUUACUUAUCAUUCUCAAUAGCUCUUUAAGACAAGAUAUUUCUAAAUUAAUUCAAACAAGUUAGAUAAGAGGAGAAAAAAGAAAACGACCCGAGCAAUAAUAAUAUAUGUCAUAUAUGAACAAGUAACAAGACGACUCACGUAAGCUGAGCCAGUGGACUAUAACGUCGGGCAAAAUUUAUUGUGUCCAAGGUUCAAUAAAAGUAAUAGAUUAGAAAAGCAAAAAUUAUAACUCAGUAUUCUGGGUGGGUUCUAUAGCUUUAAUGAAUAAAUAGAUAGAGAGUUAAGUUGCGAAAUGUCCUUAUUCAGGAUGUUGCAAGUUAUGAAUGCAGAUAUGUAGAGUGUUUGAAAAAGCAACUGUGCUGCGUGGUGAUAGCCUGAGAGUAGCAGGCUCACCGGUGCAGUUUUGGGGAAAAUUUUGGCUGCGGAACCGCCUGCGCGAACUGACGAAGCCGGCAAAAAGAAUGCAGAAUAGGCCGAGCCAUUCUUCUCGACGGCUAACGCUUGCGGAUCGGUCGCUAAAAUUUUCUCCGAAAGCGCCCAAGUAAGCUGCCUGCGCACAGGCACCGGCUACGUUGUUAAGGAAAUAAAACACAAAAAUUUGGCUUAGCGAGAGCUAGAGACGUUAGCCAUAGAACCUUUUCACGGUAUUAUUAACUUAUAAAGCCAAGUUUUUACUGGAUAAAUGACUUACAGGACUGAUUUUCAUUGCAGUUACAAGUGAAAUGUCCUUUAAAAAUCAGUGUAUCUAUUGGCACAACUAUUUCCGCACACUCCAUCAGGUAAAUUGCUUUGUAAUUUCUAGCGGAGGUUGUGGAAUUAGAGUAGAAUUACGCUGAAAAUUCAGAGAAUAGGUUUGAAAUUUUUAAAAUUUAACGGAUCUUUUGUAUAUUGGGUUUGGAAAAAGGGAAUUCCUAGGUGUCAAUUUUGGAAUCAUGGGUUGAAGGGGUGGUUAAUCUCAUAAUUCAGUCCAUCUUCUUAUGUCAUUUUAUAUUGAUCUAUCUUCCUUUUCCUUUCCUCUAUAUAUUCUUCUCAGUUAUAAAUUACUUUUAUUUUCCUCUGCCUGCCUCAAUAUUAGCCAAGCUAUUUGCGAGCAGGGGAUGUUUGUUUGUAGAUAAUAUUUAAUUUGUAACUUCUGAAGAUCAGUAAACUUCAACUUUUAAUUUACGUAACUUAAUUUGUAACUUAUGAAGAUCAAUAAACUUGAACAACUGAACUUCAACUUCUUCAACUUCAUUUGUUCUAAAUGUGAGGGAGAUAAUCUCAUGAUUUUUGCGUUCUAGAAAUGAGCCUACACCCCAACCGAAAAAAAAGGUGACACUGUCCAACCUCUAUGUGCGACCAACUCUCAAUCAAUAAACGACUAUCUGCCCAAAACACCCAAAUGCUCCUAGUUAAAUUAAAUAAUUAUAGUAGGAGACCUCUCUUAAAUUAACGACCCUCCGACCACGCAACUCCCACUUGAGGGUAACAGUUCUCUAAAGCAACAUUACAUGACCUUCAUUGGGAAAAAACACUCAAACUAAAGAGGUAUAUUUUGUCUACUUUCUAUUUUAAAGGGUUAAAUUUUUUUUUCAGGUCCCCAAUGUCACUUGGUCGAAUAGUCUUCAGAAAGAAGCGGAGGACUGGGUCAAAUAUCUAGCAGAAAACAACAAGUUUCAUCAUAGCAAAAAGAAUCCUGGCAACCUAUACAUGUCCCAUCCUAACGAUUACCCCGCAGAGUAUUGCAGUGAUGCUGUACAGUGGUUCCAUUGGGAGGAAAAGUUUUAUAAUUACAGUAGACCCGGUUACAGUGAAGCAGCGGGACAUUUUACUACGGUAUGAUCAAUAUAUUUCGUGCUGGAAUAAACAUUGAAUGAAAUAGUUUGAUGAAUAAAUGAUGUUAUUAUUCUUUCAAAAAUUUUCCCUUUUCUGACUGUUUCAAAUUUGUGGUGAAUUAUGGGAUCGGACUCGGCGCAUGAUUUAAAGCUUGUUAGGCUCAUGGGGAUACUAUAGCAUUCUGGGCAAAUUGACAACACAUUCAGCAGCCACAUACGUAACGCCCAUCACUUCAGUGAUAAUAGAGGCAGAAUAGUGCGGUGUGGCUUGCUGUUGUGGGAUUACUCUAGUGCUGCUCGUACUUCUAGUCUGCUACACAGCCGUUUUUAUUGUCGUCACGCAGGGCUCCUUCCCACAAGAGGAAGCGUUGCGUGACGACUCUGAAAACGGCUGUGUAGCAGACUACUUGUGCUUCCUGAUGCCUGGGUUAAAAUUUAAAAUAGAACUUCGUCACUUUCAGCAUUCUUUGGUUUGUUUGUUUUUUAUUUUCAGGUGGUUUGGAGAAAUUCCAAAGAAAUUGGGGCAGCGUGGGCCAUUCGCGAAGACAAGAGACUUGUUGUUUCUAUCAAAUACAACCCAGGAGGCAACUAUGUCGGUUACUUCCGUAAAAACGUUUUGCCACCCAUUGCUCGUACUCUAGGUUCUAAAUGGCCUUACACUCCACCCAAGUUUACAUGGUGCCCAGUACGACCAACCACGGAUCCUACGGAGCCUGCAGCUGGAAAAGGGAUGAUCUGUAGUCUUUACUUGGUUAUUGGGUCUUUAAUCUUUGCUGGUUUAAUGUUAUGAACUGAUUUGAUCAUGAUUUAAACGCGAAUCAGUGAAAGCAAGCAGAUACUAAUGAGUAAAAUUAAACGAAAGCGUUGUUAUCCCGACCUACACACAAAUUCUCGAGACUGAUCUCCAUACAUUUCCUAAAGAAUGAGUUGGGAGAAUUUGAUAAAAGGUCAAAGUAUUAUUCCUCAGGUGGCCUCUAAACCUUUUUUCUUGAUUAUGUAUUGAUAUUGUUAUUAUUUUCACAUGACGUCACUAAAAUUCAAACUAAAAAACUAUCGAUCCUACCGACAUUUUACUUUCACGAUGCAUUAGAGAAGCUGAAAACUAAUUUUCAUACAAAUUUCGCUUCAAAAGGGUUCUUGGUCUUUGUGAUAGAUUACGCUUGAUUUCUCGCGGCAUUUACAUGACGGCUAAGAGAGCUGUCAUGUAGGUUAGAAAAAUGACUUAUUAUUCUUCCAGUCUAAUUCGUUUUCUUUCAGCUAAGUGAAUGAUGAAUUCUUGAAAGGUGUUUCUAAUUUUCUAGUCGGUGGACCACAUCCUAUGGCUCUGAGGUGGUGUAAACCUUCAAAUAAAACAAUACAACCUCUUUGGAUUACUUUUCAAAUGCCGCUUAGUCUUUCAGCAAUUUACAACAUUCAGUUUAGAAAAUGGCGUGAAUUUUGAGUUUGGCCACUUUUGAAGGCGAAAGGGUUAAUACUAUUCCCACGGGCACAGACCAAAUCUUAGUCCCAGUCACUCAAAUUAAAAACCGUUUUUUCAUUCCCUUCAGAACUCUUAUUUAUGCACAGUCAUUUAUCUUAAAUGAGCUCCUGCCUAUGAAAUUUAUACAGUACGUAAAUUGGGUGACUGGUUUGUUGACGGCAUUGACCUGGGUUUUGCCUACGAGCAGGUUUUAUAGAAACAGUGCUUUGUGUGGGCGGUGAAGCACUGCUUCUGACAAUCCCGUAUUUUUUAUUUUGUCUUAGCUUAUUUGGAAAAACCCAACACAAAUUGGAGCUGCUUGGACCCUGCUUAAAGACAAGAGACUUGCUAUUCUUAUCAAAUACAACCCCGAGGGUAACAUUGCUGGUUACUUUGGUAGGAACGUUUUCCGACCUACUGCGAGAAAAUUGAAUCCGGAAUGGGGGCGUGUUCCCCCCGAGUUUACAUGGUGUCCAGCGGAUGCCGUUCCCAAAGUGCCGACAACGUCAUCACCUUCAACAAUGCCUAACGUGAGAGCGGCCGCGACAAAAGCAGUGUCCCUUGUUAAGCUAUUUCUUGGAGCUUUUAUCUUAGUAUCGUCAAUCUUAUAACCUUUAUAUAUAACAAAUUCAUUGCUUAUCCCAACUAAAGGUUCUGUAGUAAAAGGGCAGUUACGUCGAGAGACUUCCAGCUAUAUGUAUAUCUUGUGUAGACGCUAAAAAUCAUAGCCACUUAGUAGUAUUUUCUUUUAAAUAUAGAAAUUUUCAUUGAUUAGUAUAGCUAGUCAACAGUCAAUUCCAUAUCCAGAAACAAAGGAAAAUAAUAUAUUUUUUGAAAAACCGACUGACAAAAACUAUCCAUUUCAAAAGUGGUUAGGGCUAGGGUGUGGUCACUGUUGUUUAAAUAGUUUUUGUCAUAAUCGGCUGUAACGGUCACUUAUUUGGUCUAGUAUACGUUAGUUGAUAUAAAAAUGCGUAAGUCCCCAAUGUUAUUACUGCUGUUUGUGUUUUGUUUUUGAUUAACAACCAUGUCCAAGGAGCAAAAUUCUUAUUUGCUUUUGUCUACGCCAUGUUUUACUUCGCUUGGAAAACGGAAGGGGAGGAGAAGCUCUGGGUACGAGGUUGGAGCUCUUAAGAAAAAGAUAUUAAAAAGUGUACCCCGGAUAAUUAACCUCGUCCCCAAUACUUUUCCUAUAGAAAAACGGAAAAGCUCUGGGGACGAGGUUGUCAAGUACCCUUUUCUUGAUCACUAUUAUUAUUUUCGUGAUAUGUUUACUCUUGCAAGCCAGAUACAUUUGCAUGAUACAAGAAAUUCCAGCGCUUUUUUAUAUACCUCGUUGUCGAACUAAUUUUCGGAAAUUCUCAAUUCGGUUUCAAGGUCCUAAGUUUUUUAACUCGCUAAGUCGUGAAAUUCAAAACAGUGAAAGCAUAAGUUUGUUUGGCGAAAGAAUUCAAAGAUCCCUUCUUUCUUAGUCAAAUAUACUCGUUGUUGAGCUACACACCUCUUCUUUUUCUUUAUUUUUAAAACUUAAUCCAUUUUUCAUUCAGUACACUUAACUCCCAUGGUUUACCUUAUAGUUCCAGGAAGCCUAUAGUGUAUAAGUCCCCGGCUUCUAUUUCGGCUUCCUUGUCAUUACCACUUAAAACAUUUAAGAGGGUACUAAUUUUUGGGGUUAAUUUUGGUUACCCAAUUCUCAGUUAACUACUAAUUUUUUGGCCAAAUAUCAGUUAACUACUAUUUUUAAACGGCCAAUUCUCAGUUAACUGUUAAUUUUAAAAAUUUAAAAUCCGUUAAACGCUCCUCCAAAUAUAACCCCCGAGGUUUUUGCCCUCAAAUUAAAACAAAGCAAAAACGGUAAAUUUACUAACUAUAAGGCUAGCCCAAUUGGUUAAUAUAAGCCCUCCAAAAAUAAGCUUUUAACUUUCACUUUCCAACACUGAGCGAAUAUUAUUCCGUUAUGACCCCAAUGUCUUUUUACUUCAGCACGUCAAUCACUUUUGGGGGUAGGCCCUACUAAAAUCAAGGUAUAAAUUUACAUGAAUUCACAUAAACUCCGCCACUAGUACAAUUUAUAAGUAACUGAAAAUAUAGAAGAGGUUUUAAUUAUCUAACCGAAGUACAGUUGAACCCCGCUAUUUCGAAGUCCCAAUGGACUAUAGUUGACGAUAUUGACGUGGAUAACAGAGAAAGAGCUAGAGAUCAAAAACAAAGGAGACCAAUUUCUUGGAAGAAUAACUUGAAAAUUUUAUAUCGGCGGUGAGAAAAUUAGAAAUGCUAGCGGCCUCCAAGAUGAAAAUUAGUGGCAGCGAAAAAAAAAAGUGAACAGGAAUACAUACAAAAUUUCCUCCAUAAAACGUGUAACUAGGAAGUUUCUGGAAGUUUCACGUUGUAGUCGUGCACAACAACGGCAGAGAAAUGUACAAAAAAAGUGUGCUGCACGUGCAAAGUUGUGUUUUUGCUAAUUAUUAGACCCAUGUACUGAUUUUUUUGGCUGUUUUUGUUGCCGUCGCUACUUAGCAUUACACGAGUUUACGUUUUGUUCCAUUCAACUAUCGAGAUAAUAACGAGAGCUUCGCUUUUACCCCGGGCUAAAUCUAUAUUACUUUCCAUUCAAAGAGAAAGUAUUCAAUGUAAUUAAAAAGGAACCAACUCUGCGAGGCCAACAAGAGUGUGUGUUGGUGGUUGAAGGACAGCUCUCUUAUUAAGGAAAUGUGUAAGAGCCAAGAGACCAUCUCUGUUAGGGAUGGUAGUGAGUUCAGGUAUUUGAUGUGGCCAUGGUGAAAACAUACUUAUGCUCCCCAGGGAAACGAACAGAUUCGGUGAUACGAAGCAUGUGUUUUGUAUCUUUCACGUAUAGCUGCGUAGUUUUUGGACUAGCGGGUUGGUGAUUGUGUCUUAGUAGUUGGCAAUUAGUUCUGCUGGGCAAUUACAUGCGGAGACAAUAUAGGCCUACCAGGAUUACAAAGCUAGUGGAUUUUCGGCAGCCGAUAGAAUCUUGACGUGCGAGGAUUAUACACAGUG